AUGGCACCCAUCCCAAGGGCCGAUUUGGACCUGGACAAUCCUUCUUCGGAUGUUGGUGGUAGCCAGGACUCUCCGCUGCGCCGUCAGUUUUCCGAACCUUUCCGUCCCCAAUCUACUUCAACCCAGAUCUCCCAGUCCCCGGAGCCCAUGCCCCGCCGAGUCAAGUGUGACUGGUGCGGAAAGCUUUUGAUGCUUCCAAAUGACAACAGCAUCUCGGAAGAAGACCUCCUCAAGCAUCACACUAAUGAAGCUCAUCCAAAACCCAUCAGAUUUGCUGGAUAUGACGGCACUGAGGAUGGUGGCGAUGAUGUCACAGAAGACGGCGCUGAAUAUGGCGCUGAUGAUGCUUAUGAUGAGAACGGCGAUCUCCAAGAUGAUGAUGCUAUUGAACAAGAUGAGCCCGCAUCUCAAGCUGUCAAGCCCGAAGAUGGCUCAGCUCAGCUCGAAGGAAGUGCACAGAUCGCAGUGGAAGCGACCGCUGACGGUAACAAUGGCACCAAGCCAACCGUACUCCCAGUCAAUAUCAACAACCUUCCUCCACCAAAACUUGAUCGACUUGAAUGGCUUUCUAACCCACGUACUUCAUAUCCAGAGGGAUAUCGCCUCCGAGUUGGCGAGUGGCAACGACCAGACGUCAAACAGCGCCUUGCCCGCUUCUGGAAUGUACAUGAUGCCAACAAAUUCUCGCCUGACUACGACCAUGAGGCUGCCAAGUGUGAAGCUACUUGGGACAAUGCUUUCCACGACCUUUCCAAACCCAGAAAACGUGAUGCUCCUGAACCACCGUCUCAUCCGCUUCCGUACAAGAAAACCAAAGUUGAGAGGGGUGAAUUUCUUGAAAUCCAAGUGCAAGAAAUCGAAAAUCUUGUGAACAUGCUCCGCAAUCCCGAAAAAUACACAUCUGAAGAACUCUACGCGCUUACCCAGACCGGAGCGUUUACCUUGAAAACAAUCCAAGACGAAUACUUGGCCCUGGAUGACCUUUACCUCAGGGCACAUCGGCACAAACGGGAUCAGCCCUCAUAUGAAACGAAGCGACAUCAGAUGCAAGGUCACAAGAAAAAGGGCGCAGGCCCUCUGGCUAAAGUCAACGAGGACAAACUUGAUUUUGAGGAAAAGAAAGAGGCCAUGCUUUAUGGCUACAAACACAACUAUUUCCCAAGCAAUCUCCCAACUUUGCCUAUUCGUUCAAUGCAAGAUCCAUUUGUUCAAGGUGGAUUUGUUCCCACUCCCGCGCAAGCCAGAAAGAUGAUUGCGAAGAAAACUGAGAGUGGUGAUCGCAACCCUGAUGGGUGGACACCCAUGAAGAAACAUGGGCUUGACUAUCACCCACAGCUGUACGAACCUCGACGCGAGCCAGUUGCACCCAAAGUCACUCGGAAGCGCAAGGCCGCAGAGGUUGCGGCACCAACAAAAACGAUCGAUACGGACGAGACCCAGAAUGAGAGUGCAGAUGGCGAUGAAACUGAAGAAGACAACCAUCCCGCCAAGCGACGCACUCGUGGCCGUGGCGGCAAGAAUUUUGUUGCUGACUCCAUUCCUACCGAUGCAAACUCUCGCAGAGGCUCUGGCCGUGGUCGUGGUCGUGGCCGUGGCCGUGGGCUUGGUCGCCUUGGCUCCUCUCGGGCUACCUUCGAAGUCACCCCCGCCCCCAUUCAAUCCUCAUCCCGGGGCCGGGGUCGACGUGGUGCUAGCAAUCUGGCCUCCUCCUCCUCAUCAUCAAUCCCCUCUGCAGCAGAGUCCUCCUUCCCGGUGAUCGAACCGGUGGCCACAGACACUCCCGUUGAGCCCAGCCCGGCGGUGGCCAAGAAGGAGGCGCUCUCUGCUGAGGCGAUUGAGGAGGCCAGGAGGCAGAAGAUCGCCAAUUCGAAGAACCCCAAGAGGACCAAGGCGAUGCUCGAUCACUGGGACCGGUUCAACCGGGAAGGACGGAUCCGCAAUCCAAAGCGAUCCAAGGCCCAAAUCGAGCAGGACCGUACCGUCGGUGGAGAUGGCGCCGGCGACGAAGUCCCCAAGCCCCCUGGCCCUGGCCGCCGCAAGCGAUCGCCCUCGCUGGCGCCAAUUGCUGGCAAUCUCGCCCCCAAGGGGCCCCCCGGCCUGCCCUCAAUGGCAAGCGUACAGGCGCAGCAGCAGCCCAUGCCACCCACCCUCCCUCCUAUGGGGGUGGUGACUCACUACGGCCCUGGCCCAGUGAACCCUUAUGCCACUGCUGCGCCUGUUGCGCCUAUGGCGCAACUGGGACAACCCAUGCCUCCCCAGUACGCUCCAUUCCCGUACGUUCAGUACGGAAUGGGUCCCCUCCCGGGUCACAACCCGGCGGGACGCCAUUGA